AUGGCAGGCAAGAUUCUCCCGCCCCCGCACAAUCUUCCCACCUUCUACCCGCAGUCUCUUGGAUUCCUGCAGCGUGACGGACGUGACGACAUGGACGUCAUGACUGCCGACACGACGUACAUUCUUCACCGCCAUCAACGUCUGGUUGUGGGCAAGUUUGUGCCGGACAUAAACAACGAGGAUCCAUCCAACCCAAAGUAUGUCGUGCAAGCCACAGGGCGAUUGAGGCCUUCGCGAAUGCCCCCAUUGUCCUGUUCUCUGAACGGCAAUAGAUUAUCUAAUGCCUCGUCGGUGGAAGAGACAUCCUCGGACACCACAAUUCGUGAGGAAGGAGCUUGCACACAUAGGGUGGCAACAGAGAAGAUACAUUAUACCGUAGUAGAACCCUUGUACCCGUUCUCGGCCCCCAGCCUCUUUUUCCCCAUACGCCACAGCAGCCGCGCAGGAGGAAAGGCCGGCGAUAUUCGAAGUCCCCGUCAGAUAAACCUCGCGUAUCAUGGUCGUGACCGGCCUCAUUAUAAAUUGGAGGCUCUUACCGUACAAAAAAAUAACCUUAAUCGAAUGUGUUUGUACAAGCUUGGUCCUGGUGCUGUGGCAUUCAAGGUAGUUAUAGAUGCCUUUGAGGCGGCGGGUAUGAGGUACACGCCGUCGAAUGAGCUAUUUAAUGUCAUAUGGGCAAAACGGGCAACCAAUUACACAUUGUCUCAUCUUGGUCCUUACCAGAAAGUAAAUCAUUUCCCAGGAACAUGGGGCAUUGGUCGAAAAGACAGUUUAGCUACGAAUGUUGAUAAAAUGCAACGGUAUUUUGGAGUCGAUGCCUUUAAUAUUGUUCCCAAAUCAUUUUUAAUCCCCAGGCAGUGGAAAGAACUUGAGGAAUACGUAAAACGGCAACCCGAUACCAGUGAGGAUCCGCUUAUUUUGAUAGUGAAACCCAGUGCUUCUAGCUGUGGACGUGGUAUCCAUCUUUUUCGGGGAAUGCCCCCCAUGCCGACAGGGACAAAACAAUUGGUGUGCCAACGCUACCUGGGGAAUCCCAUGCUUAUAUAUGGAAGAAAGUUUGACCUCCGACUGUACUGCGUCGUGACUGCCUUUGAUCCGCUCCGUAUUUUUCUUUUUGAUGAGGGUUUGGUGCGAUUUGCCGCGCAAAAGUACCCUGGAAUGGACAAGGACUUGGAGAAUAUUCAUGUUCACUUGACCAACUAUUCUGUGAACAAGACGGCCGAGCUAAACCGAGCAAGCCGUGGCAAAGAGUAUCACUCGGAUGAUCCUCUGGAUAUAAAGUGGUGUCUAUCCGAUUUAAGAGACUUCUUAAUAAAAAAUAAUAGGGACGGAGGGCUUGCAUGGGAAAGAAUCAUACGUGGCUGUGAAGAUGUUAUUAUUAAGACCUUUCUUAGCAUUGAACAUGAUGUUGUCCAAAGAAUUCGCAAGGAAUGCAGCGAUAAAACAGGACGAGGAUGUUUUGAGCUGUACGGCCUAGAUUUAAUGGUAGAUGACCAAUGCAAUGUGCGACUUAUUGAGGUGAACAUUAUGCCCUCGUUGGCCACGGGAACACCCCUUGAUAAGGCUGUCAAGUCCCGCAUGUUGGCUCACUUACUGACUCUUAUCCGGGUGAUCCCACAUCAACGCAACGCUACUGGGCACACGCCACCAAACUUUGGAGAGCCGUCUUCAGAUCGCCACGACAUUUGCUAUCGAUUUGGUCGGCAUCCGCACGGGGAUGCAGAGCUGGUUAGAAAGCCUUUGCUUUCCCGGUUUAACGAUCCUAGGGACUCCGACUCUGUUCUCUCCCCAAGUGAAUAUCUUCUCUUGGUUGAGGCGGAGGAGGAAUUGGCAUGCGCUGGGGGGUUCCGCCGAAUUUUUCCCACAGCGGAGAAUGUCCUUACAUAUUUGCCCUACUUUACUCAUGGUGUUCUCCGAAAUAAUUAUCUUCUUGCCUCAGCUGUCAGAAUGCAAGCAAAGGCAAGGAAUUGA